AAGAAUCUGAAUGAAAAUAGUAUAUUUACUUUAAUUGUUUAUUAGAAACAGAAAUGAUGCAGGAUUAUACUUCAAAAUUGUAGCACACGUGAGCGGCUUAAGGCUAGGACAAGAGGACAAGAAGAUAGAUUGCGAUCAAAACGGAUUAUACAAUUAAUCGAAUCCAUUCGUCGUGUUUGAGUUUGGCUCGGUGAUAAGAAAUAUUGUGUACUUAAUUUGUGGACCUUUUUAUAAAACGUGAUAGAACACAUUCAUAUGACAAAAUUUGUAUACGAAUCUUGCCAAGAUGAUGUCAAAAUAUAGGAGUCGGAGAAACGGGUCAAAUGGACGUACGGUUAGGUUUAAUUCUGGAGCCAAACGUGAUCCUGGAAGUCAUCUUCGAUAUACAACCGACAAUUUAGACACAGGAUUCUCACUUCAAAAAUAUUCCGGAGGUUCGGAUACUUAUCCAAGUAAAAGAUAUACAGGCGGAUUGGACAAUUAUCCCAAUCAAAAAUAUUCAGAUUACAGAGUGUAUCAUGAUGAUGAUGUGGAAAUGUCAUACCCAAAAUUACGUCAGAGUUAUGGCGUAAGUGGAAAGUCUGAAUAUGGAGGCUACCCCAGUUACCUCGACUUAUCGUACAGAAAACUGCCGCCAUCCUACAAUAAAACAAUGUAUUCAAGUCAGGGUCAACUUGAACCUCGUCUGGCCAGAGGAAUUUUGAAGAAAAAUGAAGCCUUUCUACGACGUCACUUAGUUUUAUCACGAAGCGUUUUGGAAAAAUUAGUUGACGUUGGUUUAAUUGGCGACGUAAUGAAGAGAAGAAUAUUGCAUAUGGAUGCCAUGGUUCAAGUUGCUGAACUGAUCCGGCUAUUGGAUGAUCGUGGAUUGGGAACACUCCACAAAUUCCUACAAGUUCUUAGGGAGACUGGAUCAGGAUGGAUUGCCGACGUCCUUCUGGACACUGAUGCUAUUGAAUACGAAGAUCUGACAAGCCGGGAUGAACAGUUUGAUCCCGUGGACCAUUACGAGAAUCGAUUGAACAGAUACAAUCACGGAGCUCUGAAGAGAUAUGACAGUGCCGAUGACCUGGCCAUGGCUCCAACCAAAAAGUACGGACCAUGGACUGCCAGAGCUCCAAGCCCAGAUUCAAGCUUCCGACGAUCCAAAGUCUCUCUCCAUGAUGUCCUUAACUCGAAGAAUAAUGGUUAUCCGGACGUAAGAGGACAGGUUCGCCCAGGAUUCUUUCUAGCUAACUCUGGAAUCUCUGGAGCUUUAUCUGGUGGAAGAUCGACUAAUGAAGUACCAAAAGUCAUCAACAACCUGGAGAGUCAUUUCCGUCAGCAGACCAACACAAAUGAAGUGGCUCUAUCGUCCUUGAAGCAGGAAGAAAUGGCUAUUAGGGAGUUGAUGGAUCAGAACCGAAACGAGCAGCAGAAGGUGAGAAAGAACCAAUACACCUUGAUGGACAUUAACCAGAAAUUGAAGGAUGUCAACAUCCGUACCAAUGAAAUUUACGAUCCGACCGAGAAUGCUGCAGUAUCAUCUUACAGGUUGAAUCAGCUGAACCAGAUUCCAUGGGCAACAUCAAGAUAUUAA